UGAUUUUACUUAGAAUAUUACACAACAAUUUAUUAACAACAUCAACAACAAAUGUCAAUCAUCAUUUCAAAAAAUACAAGCAAUGGAAGAAAACUUUUUCCACUAUGACCAGUUGUCUGAUGAUGGAACAUAAAAACAACAACAUGAACAAUAAUAAAAAUAGAUGGAAAGUAUUAUUUUUUGGAACAGAUGAAUUUGCUUUGGAAAGUUUAAAAUGUUUACACAAAGAAUACAAAUCAAUGAGACUACUUGAACGUUUGGAGACAGUGACAGCAUACAAUGGUCAUGAAAAUAAUGUGCUUAAAUAUGCAAAAGAUCAACAAAUAAAAAUACACUCUUGGCCACUUGAUAAAAAUAUUAUUAUUGAUUUUGAUAUUGGAAUUGUUGUAUCUUUUGGACAUCUCAUACCAUCCUGGAUGAUUCAAUCAUUUCCAUUAGGAAUGAUCAAUGUUCAUGCAAGUUUGCUACCAAAAUGGAGAGGUGCAGCACCAAUUAUUCAUUCACUUAUGAACGGUGACAAUGAAACUGGAGUUACUAUCAUGAAAAUAAUGCCAAAAAAAUUUGAUGUUGGUGAAAUUCUGGAUCAACAAAAGGUCAUUAUUAGCCCCGAUGAGACACAUCCAGAAUUGUAUAGUCGACUAGCAAACACUGGAGGACAAUUAUUAAUUAAAUCAAUUGAAAAAUUACCAAAUUUAAUUUAUUCUGGAAGAAAACAAUGUGAUACUCAAGCAACUUAUGCACCAAAAAUAAAUAAAAAUAUAUCAUUUGUAAGAUGGACAGAGAUGACAGCUCAACAAGUUUAUAAUCUUCAAAGAUCAUUGAUUGGUAUUUAUCCAUUGACAACUGUCUUUAAUAAUCAAAUUGUCAAAAUAUUUGGUAUUAAAAUACACAAUGAUUCACCAAGCUGUAAUGAAAAUCUCGAGGCCUCAUCACCAGGUGCUAUUAUUUAUGAUUGUAAAAAUAAUGUACUUUUAGUUAAAUGUCAUGACAACAAGUGGGUGUCUAUUGAAGAAAUAACAAUACCCAAUCAUAGAAAAAUGAAUGCAAAUGAUUUCAACAAUGGCUUUCUAAAGUCUAAUAAUAAUAAUAAUAAUCAAAAUAAUAAAUUU